AUGUCUGAUCCCAAGAAGAAGAUUGAAGGUGAAAUUGAUCGAUUCGAUGAUGUUUUCCAUGGUCAUGGCGAUGAUAUCGAUGUCAAGGAGGAUGAGAAUAUCGAUUAUGAUCGAUUCUUUUCGAAUUUUCAUAAAAAUGAUGAUACCAAUAUGGAAAAUAUUGAUUAUGAACAGUUUUUUACAGAGUUUUAUUCCAAUGAAGAACAUAGGAAAAACGAAACUAUUCCGACACAACAACAACAUCAGGUCGAUCCAAUUCAAGUAAAUGACAUUGUUACGAUUGAUUUAACUACUGAAGAACAACAUUUAUCUCAAAAACUGUCUCAGUUAUCUGCAGCUGAUGAACAGCAAAAUCAACGAAACGAAUCCACGACAGCAACAACUGAGAAAAAACGUUCGCCACUAACACCAUCAACGCCGAUAGCACCGGCGAAAAAACUGAAAGGUGACAUCAUUGAACAAACAUGUGCUAGUAGUGGAAGUAGUGACGACGUUAUGCCAGAAUAUUUAUCCGAAUCCAAUCAAACGUUUGCAACAAUAAUCGAUCCAGUGCUUCAAACAAGUGCUAGUGCAAUUCAUAUAGGAGAUCUACAACAGAUUGCUCUACUA